UUUCCACCAUAGUUUCUUCCAGGUUGUUUAUUUCGUAUACACAUUGUAAAAGGUUAUAAGCAUGAAUUGCUUCCCUUGUUGUGCAACUAAGAAAAGCCUAAGCAAGAGAGAACACGAUGCUCCACCAUCACCACCCGAACCUGCACCAGCACCAGCACCAGCACCGGCACCGGCACCAGCAGCAGCAGCAGCAGAAAUGAAGAAACAAAAAUCCGAUGAUCAAAUCUCAGUUGAUCCUGAAAAUAUUAAGGUAAAGGCUUUCACGUUCCGUGAGCUAGCAACAGCGACAAAGAAUUUCCGACAGGAUUGCCUGUUGGAUGAAGGAUGUUUCGGGAGAGUAUACAAAGGAGUAAUUCCUGCCACCGGCCAGGUCAUAUAA